CAACACAAAUAUACUCAAAGCAUAACCCGACGAAAACAAGGAAGUAACGAGGAAAAAAGACGAGGAACUUUGACUAAACCUUAUAUUUAUUGCCAAAUAAACGCCGAAUUCGGUCUGUUGAAUUUCUCAUCCACUAGAAUAUUUUACCUACAGUGAAGAACAAUGAACAACAAAGGUUCAUAUCCUCAAGCUGUUUACCCUCAGCAGAGCACAGCACCCGUUUACCCGCCUGCUAUGCAAGUCCCUCCUCAGGUGUCUCCAUAUCCAGAUGCCCCUCCUCCAUACUCUGAGGUUUAUCAGCCCAGGUAUAUGGCUCCUCCCCCAGCCCAUGGACAGAUGCCCCAAAUGACCUCAGCUUACCCUGGUACUCAGAUGUACAUGCCCAUGCAUGCUCAGUCUGUGCCAAUGGGGGCCAUGGGCCCCAGUGUCCCAAUGGCAUAUUAUCAGAUGGGGCCUGUGUACCCCCCUGGUUCCACCGUCAUGGUGGAUGGUGGAUUCGAUGCUGGAGCUCGCUUUGGGCAUAGCACCAGUACCUCAAUUCCUCCUCCACCUCCUGGACACCUCCCCAACGCGGCUCAGAUGGCAGCCAUGCAAGGUGCAAAUGUUGUGAUGACCCAACGCAAGGGCAACUUUUUCAUGGGUGGCUCCAGCGGCGGUUACACCAUCUGGUAACAGUGAGCACCCCCCUGGGCCUGGACCGAAGCCCUCCUUCCUUCUCCUGGUUCCCUUUACCUGUUCUCCCACCCCUGCCUCCCUUGGGGCUGCUUGGCUAAGCCACAAUACUGAUUUAAUCUAAUGGAAUGUAAUGUUUUAGAGCCCCUUACUCAAGGUACAGUACGCCGCUAUUGGUAUAAUUGUGUAAUAUCACAGUUAUAUAACGUCUAACACAAUUAUUGUGUAUUCACAAUUAAAAAGUGCACGAUAAUUGUAAGUUUAACUUCUAGAGAUCAUUUAUACAUUUGCCAUAAUUUAGAGUAUACAACUUCUAAGGUGAAGGCCAAGCCAUUUUUUCCUUUAUUGACACUGGCGUACCUCUUACAACUUCAUUUUUAAAGGACAUUUUCUAGUUUUUAGUUGUCUUCUUGAGCCAGAGAUCAUGCCAAGAGAACUGCCGAGAGUCAGUUUGAUCAUCUGUGUAAAGUAGCUAUGCACUUGAAACUUUCUCUUUGAAUAGUAUGCUUAUCUACACCUUUCAUUCGUAUCAUUAUUAAGGUCUUGUCAGAUAUGUAUAAUGCAGAUUUAAGCACUAUCAAAGAGACAGGUGUGUUUACAAAUUCAAACAGCGGCGGCGUAUUGUACCUUUGGGCAAGCUUAUAUAAAUAUUAUCAGGUGCCAAAACUGCACCAUUAUUUAAAAGCAAAGGAAUUUACACAUGGGUGAACCUUAAUGCAGUAAAAGAGAGAGUGAACAAGAUUAACUAAACUGGUUCAGAAAAGUCCGUUUUUUUUUUUUUUUUUUAAUAUUCUCUCCAAUGUCGGAUACCCAGAGCUGUACAUAUAGCAGUUUCACCUUGUUUAGCAUGUGUUAUGUGCGUUCCAGCUAUAUGUGCUUCUACACAAAUCUUGUAGGCAUUUUCCACAAAGGUAAAGCUAUUUACAGAGGCCAGGGCUCAAUCAAGAGACCAUUUAUUUUCAGUAUUUUAAAUGGUUUGGCACAUCAAGCUUUUUUUUCUUUGUCUGGGAGGCUGCUUGUACCAAAGAUCUGGACAAGAAUGCACUAAAAGCUUUCUGCUUUUUGUAAGUCUUCUGUCAUAGUACAUCUGCAAACAGAUUCAUUCUGAAAUAAACAAACAAACAAACAUCAUAUUUAGAUGAUGGUGAUUACUUUCCAGGCAGAGCACAAGCCUGCUGUGACUGCAUUUUCUAGGGGUUUGUGUUUUAAAAAUAUAUCAAUGUUUCCUAGUUGCAUCUUGAUGUUUCUGCAUGCACUUUUCAGUAGUUUUGUUUUUAAUAAAGUGUUAUCAUUGUUAAAUUUUUUAGGAGUACUACAAAAUUAAUUUAUGUGCACUGUCAACCAAUUCUGAAAUGUUUUUGCAGCUUUCUUUUGUACAUAUGCUUUUAAAUACAAAUAGCGUCAGUUAUACUUGUUGCUGCAUUGAUGAUUUUUUCAAAGCAGUGCGGUGAUGCGUAGCAGCAUAUACAAAGGCUGAGAAAUUGUGGUGUUGAUUUGUAAAUGUUUCGCAAGGGAUUAAAGUUUUCCUCUCUCUCUCUCAUCUGUAAUGUGUUUAAGAAAUGUUUCGCAUUAACAUUACCUGAUUUAAAAAAAGGACAACCUCACAUGAGUUACACCAGCAGUUGUCACCACUGCUUUUUUUUUAAGGAGUGCAUGAUAAAUAUCGGCCGAUAAUUAUUGUGCAUCUUGUCAGUAUAGCUGUUUCUCUGAGUCAUUCACUUUCGGUGUGGAUUUGCGCAGCUUGUCAGUUAACAACGGCUCUGUGUAGUAACAGCUGCUCUAUGUGAAAUCACGCACCUAAUGGAAUUUACCGGCUUUACUGACGAGAUGCGCAUUAAUUAUCGGCUGAUAUUUAUCGUACACCCCUUUUUUUCCUCGCUUCUAAUAAAUUAAAUUGCAGCCUUUACUUCUUCGACACUACAACACAUAAGUUCCGUAGCAGUUAUAUGUAUUCGAUGUGACGAUAAAUCUAUAAUGCUGCUUAUUUUGCUAGAUAGCACAGAGGUGAAAUGCUUAUAAAUGCUCACUCAAAUUUAUUCUCCACACAUUCACUGUUAUCAAAUAAUUUUCUCUCUAAACCAUACAUAUUUUCUGAUUUAAUUAACAAAAGAAAUAGGAAAUUUUAUACUAGCCCGGCAAAUGGGGCUCAUUUUUAAGCUUUACAUAUAUCAGGUGCAUCACUGGGUAUCCGACACUUCAGUACAGUUCUAAAGGUUUUGCCCAUUUGAAUACAAAAGACCAUUCAGGUAGAUUUUCUCUCUGCAAAUAAAGGAAAAACAAUUUUGAUUAUGUUGGCAAGGAAAAAAAAACAUGCCAAGUGUGCUGGCAUUGCCUUAGCACCAUUUCUAUUAUUUUCUGUGAUGUAGGUUUCUAUUUUAGUAUGGAACGUCUGACCUGGUAGUUUCACAUUUAUUCCUAACCUGACUUUGUCAUUCCUUAUUUAAAACUCAUUUCAUUUAUUCUUACUUCGCUAGGAAAAUAAGGCAAAAAACAUGAGGGCAAAGCUUUCAGAACUCAAUUCCUGUAUCAAUCUUAUCGCAGCAUUUUAUCAUGGCAUGUGGCACCGUGUUUUUGUGUAUGCAAUGUAGCGGAUACACUGCUUAUCUUGAGCCUCAAUACCAUGACAGUCAUGGAUGGUAUACGUCUAUGUGGGCACUGCAGUUCAGGGAACCCUUUUGAUUUUUUUUUCUACAUAUAUAUAUAAUAUUAAAAGAUUGUGAUGGGUUGUAAUGGAUGCAUACUGAAGCAUCAAGGAACAGAGGUCCUUCCUAGUUUGCUACAUGACAAAAAGGUCUCCAAUGAAAUUGUGGUGCACUUAACUUUUUUUAUACUAAACCUUAAGUAUAAAACAAAAUUUAGAAUAAAACUAUUUUGAAUUUUGACAA